AUGCGGCCGACCCGGCGGAGCGCGUCCUCCCAGCCGCGCGGGCAGAAGCGGCCCGGGGCCGCCCGGGCUCCCGCCGCCGCCGCCUCGGCCGCCGGCGACACCCGCGCCCAGCGCCUCGCGGGCCACCCCGGGGGCCGGAGCCGGGCGGCCAAGCCGCGGCCGAGGCCGUCGUCGCCGCGGGCCCAGGAGGCGGGCCCCGGGGAGGCGCCGCCGGAGCCGGCUCUGCCGCCGCCCCCGGCCCCGGCGCCCUCGGUGGCCAGGCUGGACCUGGGCGACCAGCGGGAGCGCUGGGAGACGUUCCGGAAGCGGCAGAGGCUCACCUGCGAGGGCGCCGCCAAGCUCCUGCUGGACACCUUCGAAUACCAGGGCCUAGUGAAGCACACGGGAGGCUGCCACUGUGGAGCGGUUCGCUUUGAAGUCUGGGCCUCUGCAGACCUGCACAUCUUUGACUGCAACUGCAGUGUCUGCAAGAAGAAGCAGAACAGACACUUCAUUGUUCCUGCUUCUCGCUUCAAGCUCCUGAAGGGAGCGGAGAGCAUAACCACGUACACGUUCAACACCCACAAGGCGCAGCACACCUUCUGCAAGAGGUGCGGGGUGCAGAGCUUCUACACGCCCCGCUCCAACCCCGGUGGCUUCGGCAUCGCCCCACACUGCCUGGACGAGGGCACCGUGCGGAGCAUGGUCAUCGAGGAAUUCAAUGGCAGCGACUGGGAGAAGGCCAUGCAGGAGCACAAGACCAUCAAGAACAUGUCUAAAGAGUGA